AUGGCUUUCGUCACCAAGAAGGACUCUGGAGUGAAGACGGUGGUGAAGGGCUUCCUCACGGGUGGCACCCAAGCUGCAAUCACCUAUCCCACCGAGUACGUGAAGACGCAACUGCAACUGCAAUCGAAGGCAAACCCUGAGUAUGCGGGUAUUAUCGACUGUGCAAAGAAGACGAUGGAACAACAUGGUGUGAAAGGCCUCUACCGAGGCGCAGGCGUUCGGAUUAUUGGGGCUGGCUUCCAGCAGAUGUGCAGGUGGGGCGCCUACACCAACCUCACCCAGGUCUUCCGUGAUCCAGAGACCGGCAAGCUGAGUCAAAUGAACAACGUGAUUUGCGGCCUGGGUGCUGGCAUUUGCGAGGCGGUCUGUGCCGUGACACCGGUGGAGACCGUGAAGACACGAGUGACCGACGACCAGCGAAGAGGAACUGGUAACUACAAGGCCGUCGCGGGGGCAGACGAGAUGAGAUGUUUGGGAAGGGAACAUCGAUACUAA